AUGGUACAAUUGAAAUUACGUUACGGCCGAGAAGAAUUACUUAUACAAGUGUAUGUUAGAGAUCUUUUAUCAUUGGUUCUUCAAAAGCAGAAUAUGCCGAAAAAAUCUCUGAGAAAUCUUUAUGAUUUAUUGGAAACAAAGCUCCGUGCGCUUGAGAUAUUAGGAGUAACAAGGGAUAAAUGUGCGGCGAUGCUUUUCCCACUUGUUGAGUCUGCUUUACCUGAGGAAACACUUCUAGCCUGGGAACGGUAUAGAUCUACAAAUCGUAGAUCACAUGAUGAGGAAAAUCAAAAUAGUAAAACUACUACAAAAACUGAUUUAGAUUCAAUUCUUAAGUUUCUUCAAGAUGAAGUACAAGCAGAGGAACGUAUAAUUUUAGCCUCACAAAACUUUGGAUUUGAUACCAAGCCUAAUUUUAAAUCAUUCAAGGAGAAAAAGGCUGCAAAUAAUAAACACAAAUAUGGGGACACUCGUCAAAUAGCUAGUGCAGCUGAUCUUUUAACUUCGUCGAAAGAACAAAGACAGUGUAUAUUUUGCCCCAAUUUACAUAAUUCCACUGACUGUUUGAAGGUACGGAAAAUGCCGAUGAAGGACAGAGAGAAUCUUGUUGAGAAAUCAGGUUAUUGUUUCCUGUGCUUAAAACUGGGUCACCAAGUUCGUAAAUGUUAUUCAAAAGUAACUUGUUUAGGCUGUGUAAAAAGACAUCACAUUAUACUCUGUCACAACAUAAACCAACGAACAUCUUUCUCUACUGGAAAAGAAACUGCAGAAGUAGAUAGUCUUCCGAAUGGUGAUCAAGCGCUUGCAAAUGUAUCCAAAAGUCCUAGUGUUAUGCUACUAACCGUAACAGUUUUCAUCAGAGGUGAUGGGAGAAAACGGAAGGCAAGAGCCAUCAUAGACACUGCUUCGCAGCUCUCUUACGUUUUAAAAAAUACUGCUAGAGAGAUGAAAUAUAAAAGGGAAAGCUGGGAAUAUCUUCAACAUUCUCUGGUGGAGAAAAUACAGGAGUGUGCAAGCACGAUGUGUUUACAUUGUGAUGAAUCUUAUAACUGUCAUUUCAAAAUACUAAGUCAGCCUGUUAUCUGUGAAAGUGUCCCACCGACAAUUCCUGCAAUUCAUUUAAAGGAAUUUAAUGACUAUGGUAUUCAUGUGAACGAUGAUUAUGACGGCCCUAUCGAAAUAUUAAUAGGAGCUGAUGAAGCUGGAAAACUCAUUACCGGCGGUUGCAAAUCUUUAUCUUGUGGCUUAACAGCAAUGGAAAUACGUUUAGGAUGGACCAUUAUGGGACGAAUACCCCAGAUUUCUUCAAAAGAAAAUGGAAUCUCAGUUGCUAAUUCUAAGCUUUCUACUACUAGAACAAUAACAGAAUUGUGGACUCUUGACUCCCUUGGAAUUACUGACCCAUCGGAUAGGAAAACUAAAGAAGACUUGCAUGAACCCGCCAGAGAGCAUUUUCUUAAAACAGUUCAGGUUGACAAAGAGAAUCGUUUUGUGGUACAUUUACCAUGGCUGGAAGAUCAUCCUCCACUGACUGAUUUUUAA